UUUACCGUUUGGUCUCUGCCUCUCUGGUUGGAUCGUGUGCAGAAUAGUCCUCCGCUAAUCACUCUCGCCUGGACUUUGCUGUUUGGCCAAAGCAACUCUUAUCUUUUUCCAAAUCAAAUCUUCCAUCUUCCAUCUUCCCCUCCCUAUUUAUACCCAACUCUCUCUCUCUUUCCUACGAAGACAACAGUGGUUCAUUAGUGAUGGUUGCAGAGAAAUGAGGAUGAGGGAAUUGCUUGUGGGUUUGCUUAUUUGUGGGCUAUGUGAAGUCAUCCUGGCUGCAGCACCUAGGAAGCCUGUGGAUGUGCCAUUUCAGAAGAAUUAUGUGCCCAGUUGGGCCACUGAUCAUAUCAAGUACAUCAAUGGUGGUUCCCAAGUCCACCUUGUCCUUGACAAAUACUCUGGAACUGGAUUUCAGUCUAGAGGAUCUUACUUGUUUGGGCACUUCAGCAUGAGAAUAAAGAUGGUUGGAGGUGACUCUGCUGGGGUUGUCACUGCUUUCUAUCUUUCAUCACAGACUACAGAGCAUGAUGAGAUAGAUUUUGAGUUCUUGGGUAACAGAACUGGUCAGCCCUACAUUCUGCAGACCAAUGUCUUCACAGGAGGGAAAGGAGAUAGAGAGCAAAGGAUCUACCUCUGGUUUGAUCCCAGCAAGCAUUAUCAUACCUACUCCCUUCUAUGGAACAUGUAUCAGAUUGUCUUCUUCGUAGAUGAUGUGCCUAUAAGAAUAUUCAAGAACAGCAAAGAUCUUGGAGUGAAGUACCCCUUCAAUCAAUCCAUGAAGAUAUACUCAAGCCUAUGGAAUGCAGAUGAUUGGGCUACUAGAGGAGGAUUGGAUAAGACUGAUUGGACAAAAGCACCCUUUGUAGCAUCAUACAGUUCCUUCCAUGUGGAUGGUUGUGAUGCUUCAUCCCCUCAAUCUGCACAAGUGUGCAACACUCGUGGGAAAAUGUGGUGGGACCAAAAAGCCUUCCAGGACUUGGAUGGCCCUCAGUAUAGGAGACUUCAAUGGGUCCGAAAGAAAUACACCAUUUAUAACUAUUGCACCGAUAGAUCAAGGUACCCUAGCGUCCCUCCGGAGUGUACCAGGGAUAAGGAUAUAUAGAGAAAGAAUGUAUUUUUCUUUUCAUUAAUUAAAUGUAUAAGAAGAGAGGUGAUAUCUAAGUAUGGAGUUCUUUUUUUC